CAAUUAUCAGUUGUCAAACUUUGUCAGUGAUCAAAAAAGCAUCAUCUCAGUGCUAAGCUGUAUUUUUAUAGAAACACGAAGUUGUGGUUGUUUUUUUCGUGUUUUCGCCAAAUUUCUCUUUGUUUAUACUAAAUAAACGCGCAGUAAUUAAUUAUAAGACACAGUAAUUUUUUGUGAUAAAAUGACGACCCAACCGCACAGUAGAAAACGAGUUUGCUAUUACUAUGACAGCGAUAUUGGAAAUUAUUAUUAUGGACAAGGGCAUCCCAUGAAACCUCAUCGUAUACGUAUGACCCACAAUUUGCUAUUGAAUUAUGGCCUUUACCGCAAAAUGGAGAUAUACAGGCCUCAUAAAGCCACAGCUGAGGAAAUGACUAAAUUCCAUUCAGACGACUACAUCAGAUUUUUGAGAUCCAUUCGUCCAGACAACAUGUCUGAAUACAAUAAACAAAUGCAACGGUUUAACGUAGGUGAAGACUGUCCUGUCUUCGACGGUCUAUACGAAUUCUGCCAAUUAUCAGCAGGCGGUUCAGUCGCUGCGGCCGUAAAACUAAAUAAACAAGCCUCAGAGAUUUGCAUAAAUUGGGGCGGGGGAUUACAUCACGCCAAAAAGUCGGAAGCGUCGGGUUUUUGCUACGUGAACGACAUAGUUCUGGGUAUAUUGGAGCUGUUGAAGUACCAUCAGCGUGUUUUGUACAUCGACAUCGAUGUACAUCACGGCGAUGGGGUUGAAGAAGCAUUUUAUACCACAGACCGUGUAAUGACAGUAUCGUUUCACAAAUACGGCGAAUAUUUCCCGGGAACUGGCGAUUUGAGAGACAUUGGGGCCGGUAAAGGAAAGUAUUACGCUGUGAAUAUCCCGUUGAGAGACGGCAUGGAUGACGAAGCGUACGAAAGCAUUUUCGUACCGAUAAUCAGCAAAGUUAUGGAGACGUUCCAACCCAGCGCAGUGGUGCUGCAAUGCGGGGCCGAUUCGUUGACAGGCGAUCGUUUAGGGUGCUUCAAUCUAACAGUUAAGGGCCACGGAAAGUGCGUAGAAUUCGUAAAAAAGUACAAUUUACCAUUCAUGAUGGUCGGCGGCGGUGGUUACACCAUCAGGAACGUUUCGAGGGCUUGGACUUACGAAACGUCGGUCGCCUUGGGCGUGGAAAUCGCAAACGAGCUGCCCUACAACGAUUAUUUCGAGUAUUUCGGCCCCGACUUUAAGUUACAUAUCAGCCCGAGCAAUAUGGCCAAUCAGAACACACCUGAAUAUUUGGAGAAAAUCAAGACACGGUUGUUCGAAAAUCUGAGGAUGUUGCCUCACGCGCCGGGCGUGCAAGUGCAGGCAAUACCCGAGGACGCGAUCAACGAGGAGUCUGACAAUGAGGACAAGGUGGAUAAGGAUGAGCGGUUGCCGCAAAAGGACUUGGACAAAAGGAUCGUGCCGGAAAACGAGUUUUCCGACAGCGAGGACGAAGGCGAGGGCGACAGGAGGGACAAUCGAAGUUACAAGGGACGAAAACGACCGCGGUUAGAUAAAGGCGGGGAGAAUAAGGACGAAGAUAAGAUUAAAGAUGAAGUCAAAGCGGAAAAAGGUGAUGACAGUCUGCUAAAAUCUAGUCCGGACGAUACAAAAAAACUGAUAGGACCAACGCCAUGACAUCGUGCAUCUAAUAAUCUAAUUGUAUAAUCUCCAAUACAUUAUUGGACAGUAAUUGAACAUUUUUUUAUAUAGCCAGAGUGAGUAAUUGUGACUGUGUACAGUUUUUGUAUUUCGUGUUGAUAUAUACGUUUAUAUAUACAGCAUAAUAAUUUUGUAUUUGUAUAUAGUUAUGUUAAUAGCUAUUAUUACUAUCAUCCCACCUCCCACCCAAAUCAUUUUAAUUUAUCAGAGUAGUCCAUUUUUGACAUGUAUCUCCUAUUUAUUAUUAAGUUAGGUAAAUAAGUAUGUAUUUUAUAAAUAAUUUUCCAAUUGUCGUUUCGAUGCAAGAUCAACAGUUUUAAUCUCAUGUCUCCUGUCUGAUUGGAAUGAUAAGUAGAUAAAUAUUAGACGUUUAAGAAUA